AUGAUUCUAAGCUCUUUUAAAAUAUCGGAUGAUUCAAUUUUACCAAUUAUUAAUCAUUUAAUUCCAUUAAAUCAACUUACGCAAAUAAAUUUUCUAUCAACUUGUGAUCUUUUAAAUGGUCUGCUAAAAUUAUUAUGUUUUACAUCGAAUUUAAAUUCAUUAACAUUUAAUUCAUUGCUAAUGGGUGAAUGUACUGUGAAGUUACUUCCACAAAAUGAAAAGUUUCAAUAUAUUGCAAGUGCAAAUAAAAUAAAAAACCUUCAUAUUCUUCAUAAGUGUUCGUUGGCAAACUUGCAACUUUUGGCUAAUUUGUUUUCAAAAGUAGAGUAUCUUAAAAUUGAAAUUAUUGAAGAGCAAAUCACAGAUAUUAUUCGAUUUCUUUUAAUAAAACCUAAUCAUAUAUUGCAAAACCUUUUCUUGUUAUGCAUUUCUCAAUCAUCAAUAAAAUAUUUAGAACACUUCAAUAAUUUAAUUAGAUCAGAAUGUUUACUUAAUGAUUAUUUUAUUAAAUAUGUCAAUGAUGAUUUAUAUUUAUGGUGGUAA